GAGCCAGCGGUGGGCGGGGCGAGCCGAACGUUGUGUAUAUCGGUCGAAUGUCUCAGCGUUCCGAGAGGCCCGGUCGGGCAGCACGUGGGGAGACGACUAAGGCGCCCGCGGCGGGUGGAGGGGUUAGGCACGGCGGCAGCGUACGGGGAUUUGGCACCGGCACCAGGGGUGGGACGGCCGGGAGGAGAAGAAGGAGGAGGGCGGCGGCGAGCACCACCGGACGCAUCGUGUAAUUGCUGAAAAUCAACAAAAUGGCGCUACGCUUCCGCACCUUAUUCCCGUUUGCUAUACCUGGAGUGCUGGCGCUCAUCGGGUGGUGGUGGUUUUCUUCGCGCAAAAAGGAGCGUGUGAGCAAUCACGACAGGCGAGAUGUGGCCAGCUUGGAAGAACACAGGAUAGGCUCUCCCAUGAGGGAGCCAUGCUCUCGAGAAGGCGUCCAGUUGAGCAAUGAACUCUCCUUUCCCCUGGAAGCCAAGCGGCCUGCUGACCCGGCCCACACCUUCAAGUCUUUGGCAGAGCUGCCAGCCCCUUCAGAACUCAGAGCUCAGAGGCAGGAUUCCUCAGCAGACCGACCUAUCGAGAUGAAGACAACCAUCGAAUCUAACACACUUCAGGACGACAGUGAUAAACUGGAAGCGAUGGGGUGUAAAAGUGGCUCUGGAUCCCCAUCACAAGAGCCUUCCCUUUUGGACGCACAGAGCGCUGAUGAGUCCCAUGUUGGGGAAGCUGCUAUUGAGAAGAAACUGGAUUCUACUCAAGCGGCCGGCCAGUUGCCAACAACAGUUUCUACGACGGCAGCUCUGCUGGAGUCUUGUUGUUUGGAAAAGUCUGGGGAUAGCGGUACAGAGGAGGCAGUCCAAGCCGAUUCAUUGGAGAAGCCUUUGAAAGAAGGCCAGUGUCCUGUAGUCACCAUCUCCUUAGAUGCUGACUCUUUGCCUGCCCCUUGCUCCAAAGCGGCAAGUGAAGCCGUUUCCCAAGCCCCUGUGGAUCCUGUUGGAAAGGGAGAGGUGAGCAGUGGUCGUGUUGGUGCAGUGGAGACGGAGGCCGGAGUACCGGCGAAAUGUGUUGAACCUGCUAACUCAGAGUCAUCCCAGGUGGAAGAGAUGUCUAGUUUGAAUGUUGGUAGUACGUUGAAGCGCUAUGGAUUUGGUGAUGUUGGAUAUAAGGGAAGUUUGGAGAAGGAGAGGGUGGGAGGCAUCAGCUUAGACAAAGAAGAAGUUGAGAAGAUUGAGCAAGUUGCCAUACACAUCAUUUCCAAUGUCAUCCGGGCAGCCACCGAGGAAGUACUUUCUGGGUCGGUCAAUGACAUGUCUGGCAGGAUCUGUCAAAUGGCCAGCCGGGUUGAUAAACCACUGGAGAAGAUGUCCAUGGGUGCUGUCGGCCAGGCAGAACCCAGUAAGGGGAAUGAGUGCAUGGCGGCUGAGAAGGCUACAGCUGUAGAGCUGACUCCUCUACUAGAAGAGAACGUCAAUCGUCACGCCAUGUACUCGAGCCACUUGACACACGGCCUCUUGGUAAACCCAAGUCACAGCCAGCCCAGGGACUCCCUAAGCGCUGAGCGGCCUGUUGGUAAUCCAUCAGUAGUUGCAAACCACGAGGAGGAGUUUGAAGAUGCUCAGACGGUGACGGAAGAUUCUGGUUGCAGUGCGUGCACCUCGGAAGAUGGGGUGAGUGUGGAGGACCUCUUGAAAAGCACCUCGUCUCCCGCUUUGGGGCAGCGCCUGGAUUUGCUGAACAUGUCCACAAUCAAAGACUCGGAGCACAAGCUGGUGUCGAGCAAAAAGCCUCCCUCCCCUACGCUAGUGGAAAGCAAAGUGCCAUACAGUAAUGGGGUGCUGAAGGAAGACUGCCCCCAUUUGAGACAUGAACAGCCCUGGGCAGUGGAAGCUGACGCAGACAAUUCAGGGGGUUCAGAUGUAAAUAGCAUGGAUUCCGUGGACAUUGGCUGUGCCCUCAGAAAUAAGGACAGCUCCCCGAAUUCGAAGAUGGGAGGGGAUUCUAAUAAGACGGAGCUUGUUAUCUGGGAGAUAGAGGUACCAAAGCAUUUAGUCGGACGGCUGAUCGGGAAGCAGGGGAGGUACGUGAGCUUCCUGAAACAAACGUCGGGUGCCAAAAUCUACAUUUCCACGCUACCUUACACCCAGGACUUCCAGAUCUGCCACAUAGAAGGCUCUCAGCAAAAUGUUGACAAAGCACUGAGCCUGAUCGGGAAGAAGUUCAAAGACCUGAGCCUCACCAACAUCUAUGCGCCACCCCCUCCCCCAUUGCCCUUGCAUUCUCUUCCCAUGACCUCUUGGCUCAUGCUCCCAGAUGGGGUCACGGUGGAAGUGAUUGUGGUCAACCAAGUCAAUGCUGGCCACUUGUUUGUACAGCAACACACGCACCCCACUUUCCACGUCCUUCGCAGUCUAGACCAACAGAUGUAUCUGUGUUACUCCCAGCCCGGAAUCCCGACCAUGCCAACCCCAGUGGAAGUUGGUGUUGUCUGUGCUGCGCCAGGCAUGGAAGGUGCAUGGUGGCGAGCACAAGUGGUCGGCUACUUCAAGGACACUAAUGAAGUUGAGAUCAGAUAUGUGGACUAUGGCGGUUAUGAGAGAGUCAAGAUAGACACGCUCAGGCAGAUUAGGUCUGACUUUGUAACACUACCUUUCCAAGGAGCAGAAGUCCUCUUGGACAACGUAGUGCCGCUUCCAGAUGAUGAUCACUUUUCAUCUGAAGCGGACACAGCCGUUAGUGAAAUGACCAGAGGUACACCCUUGCUUGCGCAGGUUACAAAUUACGACAGUGCAACAGGCUUGCCCUUAAUACAGCUUUGGAGCAUGAUAGGAGAUGAGUUGGUGUCUAUAAACCGAACCUUGGUGGAAAGAGGAUUUGCGCAAUGGAUCGAAAGCUACUAGGAAAGUCCUUGGCUGUUUUCCUAAUUCAUCUUCACCCCUGCCCCCCCCAAUCCCUUCCUUUUUCUCUCUUUCUCCUUUUUUUGGCACUGUUUCAGAAUUGGGUUUGGCAAUCCUCCUUCCUCCCUGCCCCUUAACCCCCCCAAAAAAAUCAUACGUCAUUUCUGCUUGUAGUCUGUUGUGAUGCAUUCAUUGCGCAGACACAGUUUGUAUUGCAUACCUCAUUUUGCAGAAAAGCAGGGAGUUGAACCCUAAGCCAUAAAAAGACUGCAGCUUUAAAACUCAGCUCCCCCCCAUGCGCGCACACACGCCCUCUGUUGAUCUGGGUUCGAAAGUGAAGUUAAAUUAAAUGAAGAAGAAAAAUUAUGUCUGGGGAGGGUUGUAAAACGCUUGUCUUUGGAAGGUUUAAACUGUGUGUUAAACACACCUAGCCCUCUAAAUUGGCUGCUGCCUUAACGUUAAGGAAGCAAAAUUGCUUCCAGACCUCCCCCCCCCCCCAAAAAAAAAACCCUAUGGUAAUCGAUCUGAAUUUUGGGAGCAUGUCAUAGGCCUGUUGGCAUUCUGUACUUUCAAACAGCAAAAGUUCGUCAACUUCAGCCCUGUCGGGGAAGCUGAAGAACUGAAUGAAAGGACAGUGCUCAUUGCAGUAUAUUGUUGACUUUUUAAUUACGGCUCUGUUUGUGAAAGAAACUGAAAACACUGCUUUGCAGACCUCCUUAAAACUAUAUGAUUAAGUACAAACCAUUACAGCUGCAGCUGUUUUAAUCCCUAGAUCAUGUUUAACAACAACAACAAAAAUCGAUUGCCAAGCCUGAUUGUAAUUCAUAACUGUUUUUCUAGAAGUGCAAAAACCUAUGUAAAUAUAUAUAAAAAUCAUUGUAAUAUUUUGUACAAGAGAAAAAAAAUAUUGGAGACUAAAAAGGGAACUUCAAACAAAAUCGAUUCUUUUUCCGCCACACCAAAAUAUCCUCUGUAGGUAGAAAACAGUUUGGGGUGUGAAUUGUUACAGCUGAGCAUUAGAAAAGUGUCACGGUUUUGUAUCAGCUCUCGUGUACAGGAUGGCUUUUCUCCUUAGCUUGCUGUAUGGUAGGAACGGUAAUCAGCGGACUCUUUGCUACUUUUUUGCUGUACAGAUCUGACUUAAAGGGGAAAAAAAGUUAACAUUUGGAAUUAAUAUUGCAGUGGUGUGUCUCAAAUUUUUUUUGCUCCUUUUUAGAUUGGUUUCAAAUGUGGAAUUUAAAAAAAAAUCAAGUAAUUUAAGCUAAUUUAAUACUAUUAAAAUAUAAAAGAAUUUAAACAUG